AUGUAUGUGAAAUGGUUUGAUACAGGAAUGUUUUACUAUGUGAUUUUAGUGAAUUUAGUGAAUGUCACUUUUUGUCAUUUUCAAAUUUCUCGCCGUUCCAUCCCCCGUACGUCCCGACGCUCGCAGGGGACGGAACACAGAUGACAGAUGCCGACAUCUGCCAGAUUACAUUGCCGGGGACACUGCAGGAGGGACAAGGUAAGUGUGAUUGAGGGAUCACAGAGCAGCGCCACAUGGUAAGCCCAAGUGUAGCUUAGGGUUACCGCUUGUGCUACACUUGGGAAUACCGCCAGGGAGGUUA